AUGCUUAAGUUUCUAUUACUUGUAAAUAAGCAAGGCCAGAUUAGACUAAGUCAAUACUACGCACAGGUUUCAAAAGAGGAAAGAUUUAUUCUAGAAGGACAGCUAAUAAGAAAAUGCUUGUUAAAGGGGGAGAACCAGUGCCCGUUUAUGGAGUUUAACAAUUAUAAGAUUGUUUUUAGGAGAUAUGCAUCACUAUACUUUAUAAUGGGACUUGAGAACUCUGAUAUGGUGAAUGAGCUAUCAUAUUAUGAACUUAUACAUUUCAUAGUAGAGACUCUAGAUAAAUAUUUCGAGAAUGUGUGUGAGUUAGACAUUAUGUUUAACUUAGACAAAGCUCACAUAAUUAUUGAGGAAAUUAUUAUGUGUGGAAGAAUUGCAGAAACUAAUAAGUCGAAUAUAAUGCAGUAUAUGAGCCUUUUAGAAAAAGCUUCUCAGAGCAAUGAUGACAUUAGUUCAAUGAUUAUAUCUAAUAUAGCAAAACAAAUAUUAGAAAACUCAUGUGAAGCAAUGCAUGAAAUUCUGGAUACAUCUAAUCAUUAUUCUAGAGUAAACAAAAAUUUACCUUUGUACCUUGAUUCAGAUUUAAAUAUGGAAGGGAAAAUGAUAUUUCAUAGAUUUCACAAACGAAAAUGGAAAAUGUAUAUAGAUUCAAGUAGGACAAAGAUCUUUAGAAUAAGGAAAACUCAAACUGGAGGAGUAAUUCCAACUAAUAUUCAACUAGGAGCAAAUCAAAAGAUAAGAAUUGAAGCAAUAGAUUGUCUGAGUUGUAGACUUAGAAACUCUGAUAUUACAGAAGAAAGAGAUCAUGGAAUUAAUAGUAUAAUCAAAAAUGAUGAGUUCAGAUACUAA